AAAAUUUUAGCCAGGCGAGCAGUAAAUCACAUUCCUGACGAAUUAUUACAAGACCCAAUCUUGAAAGAGGCCAUUAAUAAACUACCCGCCAAUUAUAACUUUGAAAUUUAUAAAACAAUAUGGAAGAUAAAGUCGAACAACAUCAAGAAAGUUGCUCUACAGUUCCCAGAAGGGCUGCUUAUGUUUGCCAAUCCAAUUGCUGACAUUAUAGAGGACUUUACAGAUAGCGAGGUGAUGAUUUUGGGUGACGUAACGUACGGUGCCUGCUGUGUCGACGACUUCACUGCAAAAAAACUCGGGGCCGAGUUACUCAUUCACUAUGGACAUAGUUGUUUGAUACCGAUAACCCAAACUCAGGGCAUUCAAAUGCUUUAUAUAUUCGUCGACAUAAAAAUUGACUCUCUACAUUUCGUCGAGACGUUAAAGUUCAAUUUCCAAAGCAACGAUGGUAUUGCUCUUGUCAGCACUGUACAGUUUAUAACAACCCUACAGGUAGUUAGUAAAGAGCUGUCUAGUCAUUUCGACAUUCUCCUACCCCAGUCUAAACCCCUGUCUCCAGGUGAAAUUUUGGGGUGCACUUCUCCAAGAUUACCUAAUGAUGUUGAUGCUAUUGUGUAUCUCGGUGACGGAAGAUUCCACAUUGAAUCGAUCAUCAUUCACAAUCCAGGCGUACCUGCUUUCAAAUAUGACCCCUACAGUAAGACAUUCACCAGAGAGAAGUACGAUUUCGAGAUGUUGCAUAAGAAUCGGAAACAGGAAAUAGAUCGAGCCAAAGAUUCUAAAUGCGUGGCCGUCGUCAUGGGCACGUUGGGGAGGCAGGGAUCUCCGAGGGUUGUUGAGACCCUGAAAGCGAAACUUCGAUCACGUGACAAAGAUGUCGUCGUCAUUCUGAUGACGGAAUUGUUUCCAGAUAAGUUGAAACUCUUCGAAGAUAUUGAUGCAUGGGUCCAGGUAGCGUGUCCAAGACUCUCCAUAGAUUGGGGUACUGAGUUUCAUAAACCCCUACUAAAUCCGUACGAGGCCAACGUGAUGAUGAAGUCGUUGGAGUACCAGCAGACGUACCCGAUGGACUACUACGCCAACAACAGCCUCGCCGACUACGCCGUUAAUUAUAAAGCGCUACAUCAUUUAUUAUGA